GGCUCCGGCGUCCCGCCCCGGCCGCCACCGCCCCGCCCCGCCGCGGCCUCCCCUGGGCUUCCGUCGGCCGGAGGCCGGUAACAAUGCGCGGGCCGGCGGCCGGGACCGGCCAUGGCGGUGAAUUACGCGGCCGGGCUCUCGCCCUACUCAGACAAGGGCAAGUGCGGCCUCCCCGAGAUUUUUGACCCCCCGGAGGAGCUGGAGCGGAAGGUGCAGGAGCUGGCAGACCUGAUCAGGAGUUCCUCCAACGUCGUGUUCCACACGGGGGCUGGCAUCAGCACUGCCUCAGGCAUUCCUGACUUCAGGGGGCCCAAUGGUGUCUGGACUAUGGAAGAAAAGGGACUGUCCCCAAAAUUUGACACCACCUUUGAGAAUGCCAGGCCCUCCAAGACUCACAUGGCACUGCUGGGGCUGCAGAGAGCUGGCAUCCUGAAAUUCCUGGUCAGCCAGAACGUGGAUGGGCUUCACGUGCGCUCUGGAUUCCCACGGGACAAGUUGGCCGAGCUCCACGGGAACAUGUUUGUGGAGGAGUGUGUGAAGUGUGGCAAGCAGUACGUGCGGGACGCUGUGGUGGGCAGCAUGGGGCUGAAGCCCACGGGCAGGCUGUGCAGCGUCACCAAGGCCCGAGGGCUGCGAGCCUGCAGAGGGAAGCUAAGAGACACCAUCCUGGACUGGGAAGAUUCCCUGCCCGACCGUGACCUCACGCUGGCAGACGAAGCCUGCAGGAAAGCUGACCUCUCUGUCACCCUGGGCACCUCCCUGCAGAUCAAACCCAGCGGCAACCUGCCGCUGAUCACCAAGAAGAGAGGAGGGAAGCUGGUGAUAGUCAACCUGCAGGCAACCAAACACGACAGGCAGGCAGACCUGCGCAUCCACGCCUACGUCGAUGAGGUCAUGACGAAGCUGAUGAAGCACUUGGGGCUGGAGGUGCCCGAGUGGUCGGGGCCGGUGGUGGUGGAACAUGCAGAGCUCAUCAAACCUGAGCAGCUCUUCAGGUGGGACCCCGGGGCUCGGGGGCUGCUGAAAGAGGAGCCCCUCCCCUCCCAGCACAACGGCCUUGGGACCACGCUGGUGGAGCACAGUGACAGCCUGAAGCAGGAACGUCCCAGCCCCGACACGGGGCCAACAGUGGUGAAGAAGAUGAAGGUGGAGCCUCUCCUCACCUGACCCAGACUGUUCCCUCUCUGUCUAGACACUUGUCUGUGCCACUUUUCCUACCAACUGUUUUUUAUGUCCUCAAUCAUUGUCCCUGUUUUUUAAUGUAAGUAUCAGACACACCUGAGCUGUCUGCCUGGGGCUGGUUGUGCCCAACGGCCUGGCAGGAGCCUUCUAGGGCAUGGCUGCAGAGGGAUGGAGGUUCCCCCCCACAAGAGCUGGCUGUGGAGCCUGGCAGACCUCAGAGGGACAAGAGAGCUUGGUGCUGGGGCAGUGGCACGUAGGGGUCACUGGGGCAGCUGAUGCCAUCUCAGAGCAGCUGAUGCCACCUCAGAGCAGCUGGGGCUGGGUGGUGGUUUGGAUGAGCUGAUGUGAUCUGGCAAGGAGCUGCCUGCAGAGCCCAUCCUGGCCGUGGUCUGGUGGCAUGGAGGAUGUUGCUGGGGAGGACGGAGGCUGGUGCUGGCUGACUCCUGCCUGGGAGCUGUGAGAUGAUGCCCUAGACCCACUGCUGCUCCCUUUGCCUCCUCCUCCUGUGCCCACUGCUCUGGAGCAGGCUCAGGCUGGCUCUGGCCGUGUAUCCCAGCUCCAAUUGGACUCUGUUUCCUCGUGGCAGCUGGGUUUGAGGUGCUCCUGGCCCGGGGGUCCUUGAGCCCUUGUGGCUCAGCCUGGGCUAGAGCACAGCAGGUGCUUUUCUCCAAAACACAGUUGUAUUUCCAGAUCAAAAUAAAGCUUAAAAAACCCAAA